GGGCCCACUUUAGAAUAUAGAAAUUAUAAGACGAAGGUGCUGCCAAAGCCACCACAAUCGCAUAAGCCUAAGCCUGAGACAUACCAUAGACUAUAUGGUGUUUCUCCACAAUUCCCAUGGAGCCUAAGACACAACCCCAAGCGAAUAGUCCUCCACCAAAACCUUGGGAACAAGCAGGUUCCUCUUCGGGUCCAGCGCCUUUCAAACCCCCGUCAGCUGGCAACACAAGUGAUGUAGUUGAGGCUUCAGGGACUGCAAAACCUGGGGAAAUUGUUUCUAGUUCUGAUAGGAGUGCAGCUGUCAACAGGAAUACUCUUGGGAGGCCUGUUCCCACAAGGCCAUGGGAGCAGAAUUAUGGAAACAGCACCUAUGGAGGAUAUGGGUCUACAAUGAAUUAUAAUUCUGGGUAUGGAUCUGGAAUGUAUGGAUCUUCUUAUGGUGGACUAGGAGGAGGAAUGUAUGGAUCAUCUUAUGGUGGGGGGAUGUAUGGUAACAGUAUGUACAGGGGAGGAUAUGGUGGCAUGUAUGGGUCAUCCGGGAUGUACGGGGGUGGAAUGUAUAACAGUGGCUUAGGGGGUCCAAUGGGUGGUUAUGGCAUGGGUGGUGGUCCUUAUGGAGAACAAGACCCCAACAAUCCGUAUGGUGCCCCUCCAUCCCCACCUGGAUUUUGGAUUUCUGCCCUACGUGUGAUGCAAGGUGUGGUUAACUUUUUUGGUCGAAUAUCAAUACUCAUAGACCAGAACACACAGGCUUUCCAUUUGUUCAUGACUGCACUUCUCCAGCUGUUUGACCGCUCUGGAAUGUUGUAUGGAGAGCUAGCUAGAUUUGUGUUGCGGUUGCUUGGGAUUAAAACAAAGUCCAAGAAGGUUCACCCGCCAGGUCCAAAUGGACAACCGUUGCCUGGACCUGGACCUGGACCUGGACCACACAAUCCUUCCGGAAAUGUAAACUACAUCGAGGCACCAAAGGCUGCUCCUAGUGGUUCUUGGGACAACGUUUGGGGAAAUGACGCAAAUCAAUGAUACAGUAUGUUGUUCUGCUAAAAGAGUUUGUCCAAAUACAUUGAAAAGAAGAAAAAAACAGCUGCAUUCAUCAUGAAGAUACUGAAACUGCAGAAGUCAUGUGUAUCCUGGGUUUAAAAUUCAGUUUGCUAUUUUCUCUUUGCUUGCGUUGGCUCUUGAUUUUACUAGAAAGGGGAUCUUAAAUAAGAUACCAUCCCUGCAUUAUACCUUGUAAACAUUUUCUUUGAAUCUGCAGGAAGCUGCUAUUUUCUCCUUACAUGUAUUAUUUUGUCCAUAGGGCAUACCUGCAUUAAGAUUUUCGGGGGCCAUUUAAUUGCGUUUUUUUUCGUGUAAUCGUAGGGUGAAUAUUCCUCGAGUUUGCUUUACGCAUGGUUCUGCCAAACAUCGGUAUGAUUAUAGUAUGAAUUCUGCGUUAAGUUUUAGGUUUAA